AUGAUCUUCCCCCCAGUCUUCCUAGUAUCCACAAGCUGGAAUAGCAACCAGAAGCUGCAGCAGACAAAUACUACUAGUAACAUUAAUAUUCCUUCUGCAUCAGCUGUUGUUGCUGGUGAAGGCAAUCUUCUCCAGUAUAGACAAGCCAUGGCUGCAGAAGCGCUUUCCCAAGGAGGUGGAAGCCGCGAUGGUAGCGCCCCAGCAGCGCAAGCCAACGCCCAACCGAGGUCCAUGUCUGAGCGCGCCAAGCUGCUGAGGAUACCAAAGCCAGAGCCAGGGCUCAGGUGCCCGCGCUGUGACUCCACCAGCACCAAGUUUUGCUACUUCAACAACUACUCCUUCGCGCAACCGCGCCACUUCUGCCGUAACUGCCAUCGCUACUGGACACGCGGUGGCGCCCUCCGCGACAUCCCUGUCGGCGCUCCGUACAGACGCCGCCGAGCCAAGGGCAGCAAGCCCAGUGCUGCAGCCACUGCUGCAUCGGCAUCAUCAGCAGCACUGGUGAUGACUUCGUCGUGCACCACAAAUGUCAUCCUGCUCGCGCCCACUCCACAACAAGCUACGGCGAGCAGCAGCGCGUCGCCGCUCCUGCCACAGUUGUAUGGGCUCGCCAGCAUGGAGACCCCGAAUGUUGGCUCGAAAUUUUCAUGGCCCGGGGCUGCUAAUCUGUUGGUGGACUCGGCCAGUGGGAGGGCUGUAUCAGAGUCGAAGAUGGAGCAGCUGUGGGGAACGCUAUCGCAGUCUUCGCAGAUGCACAGGCUCCCAGUAUUCUCGCACGCUAUUGAUCAGCAGCAGGGGCUGCCAGUUGCUGUGCCGGUGACAAUGGCGACGCCGCCAAGCAUGUUCCACCCAGGGUUAUGGAGUGGAGGCGACGGAGGCAUCUACAGUGGAGGAGAAAGUCAGUUCCAUUUGAUCAGGAAUCGAGAUGAGGAGUGCCCAAUUUGGGCCAUGCAAGCAGAUGUGAAUGGUUACACUACUUCCUAUGAUCCUAUCCCAGUUAUAGCGCAGCAUAUAAUCCUAACUUCUCCCGGCUGUCUUCCCUACCCACGAGAUGGAGGACAUCGGCGCAUCUCGCGGAUUUGGGGCGGAAUAGCUUUGAGCACGGUGGUGGGCGGGCGGAAGGGCAAGGUCAAGGCAGCUGCAGCGGCAUCGGCUUCCUUCAAUCGCCGUGGAUCCAGCUCAACAACGGCCCUCUUCCCCGUUGGCCGCGGAUCCAGAUCGUGA